AUGAAUGUGACUGUUAAGUUCACACCCUUUCAGUAUGGGAUCGCACAGAUAAAAAUGCAGUUGUGCAUUUCACAGUUCAACUCUCAGCCAUAUGAAUGUGUCUUCACCGGAACGUGCUAUCCCAACAUGGCCUUACAAUUAGAAGAGUUUGAAAGAUUAAAUAAUCUUUCUAAGAAAGUACACGUUCCUCCAGAAAAAGCGAUGACACAUAUAAAUUUUCACCGAUUACCAGCAAAGACGAUGCCUCAAAAGAUUAAGGAAAUUGAGUACCAGAACCUAAGAUUUCCAGUAGACUUAUCAAAUCCAUUUGCUGUGGCGACUGUUUUAAACCAAGAACCAGGAAAAUUGAAGAUUAAAGAAUUAAAAGAAGUUUUGGACCAAGGCACUGAAAUUUCAAAAACAAGACAGAUGAAGGAGGCGCUCUUUGAACAGAAAGUCAGACAGAACGUUUCUGAAGAGAUUGAAAAUCACCUUAAGUGGUAAAUAUUGAGCAAUUAUUUGUAUCAAAUGACAGUAUGAUUGUUUUUAGAUGAUGACCUUUUAUACAUGAGACACAAUGAAGUGAAAUAAAUUUUUAUGCCCUUUGAAGAA